GCCGUCGUCAGUCAGUAACGUUGGUUCAGCAUAUCGGUACGCGCAGUUCAACCGCAGUGCGCGCGCGCGUCCGUUUAUCAUUCCGGCAGUAACGUCGCUACUACCUAUUUGUGUAAUAAUAAUAAUAAUAGUAAUUAUUAUCAUUCGGGAGUAAACUGCGUCUCGCCUCCGUGAUAAGCGGUAUUGUUUCUGUGUGCGGAUAGCGUGCGGUUUCAAAUGUCUUGACUGGACGUCGUUUCGCGUUAAGAGACCCCUUUUGGGUUAUCGGUUUAGAAUAUCAUAACACAGUAGGUAGGUAGGUGUUGUAAUUUUGUACAGGUAUAUUGUCGGAAAACAAGCGCACCGCAAAAUGCCCACCGUCAUAUCGAAAUUCCUGGACGGCCGCAUCAAACGCGAACACUACAGCAAGGGCGUGCUGGCCGUGGCCGUGCUGCUGUACGGCUGCAAACUCGGCUAUCCAAUCGUACUGAAGGUAUGCAACGGCGGCGCCAGUGGCGGCGCUAAGCCGUCGGCGGAUCCCUGCGACAACAACAACACCAAGGGACUGCCGCAACAACCGGCGGACGUCACCGCGGCCACGACGACCGCGCCGGCGGCGGCCGUGGCCACCGGCAAGCGUAAAAAGCUCAGGGUGGCCGCCGGGCCCAGCAUCAACCGCGAGUUUCUGAUGCAGCUCAGGAAGCUCAUCCGGCUGAUGGUGCCCGGCUUUUGGACGCCCGAGGUGGGCCUGUUGGCCAUGCACACGCUGGCGCUCGUCUGCCGGACGUUCAUGUCCAUUUUCGUGGCCACCAUGGAGGGCAAAAUGGUCAAGUACAUCGUGCGCCGGGACGUGCACAACUUCGGGCUGAUGCUGCUCAAGUGGCUGCUGUGCGCGCUGCCGGCCACCUUCCUCAACUCCAUGAUUCGUUACUUGGAGUGCAAACUGGCUUUGGCUUUCCGGUCACGGCUGGUGGACCACGCGUACGGCCUAUACUUCAAAGACCAGACUUACUACAGGGUGAGCAACAUGGACGGUCGCAUCGAGAACGCAGACCACCGGCUCACCGACGACAUCACGGCUUUCACGUCGUCCGUAGCCCACCUUUAUUCGCACCUGACCAAGCCGCUGUUCGAUUGCGCCCUGAUAGCCCUGACGUUGGCUAGGAGUAACCGAAAAAUGGGCGCCGCCGUCAUACCCGGACCUCUGUUGGCCAUCGUCGUCAUAAGCAUCACCGGGCAAAUUUUGCGGAUGUUAUCGCCGAAAUUCGGUUCGUUGGUGGCCGUAGAGGCUGAUAGGAAAGCGUACCUCCGGCAUAUCCAUUCCAGGGUCAUCACAAACGCCGAGGAGAUCGCGUUUUACGGCGGCCACAAGGUGGAAAAGAUCCACUUGCAAAACGCUUACCAGUCCCUAGUCCUCCAUAUGAACUCGGUGUUCAGCCAGAGACUGUGGUACGUGGUCCUAGAACAGUUCCUGAUGAAGUACGUCUGGAGCGGCACCGGAAUGGUCGUGGUCUCGCUGCCCAUAAUCACCAGCUCGAGAGUUGCGGAACUUAACGACUCGCCCGACGGCGGAGUGAGCGAAAGGACACAAUACCUGACCACAGCCAGAAAUCUGUUGGCAUCCGGAGCCGACGCCAUCGAGAGAUUAAUGACUUCUUACAAAGAAAUUGUCGAAUUGGCCGGUUACACUUACAGGGUGGGCGCCAUGUUGGACGUGUUCAACGACGUCAGCAAGUGCAAGUACCGCAGGAACGGCCUUAGCAGCACAAAGAUACACAAAAUGUUACCAAAACUCCAUUACAACAAAGACGGACAACUCGUGAUAAGAGGUAUAAUAAAAAAUAGUCCGGACGGAAGCAUAUCGCUGUACGAAGUGCCAAUUGUCACACCUAACGGCGACGUGGUCGUCCCCAGCCUGACACUGACGAUGAAACCCGGCGAACAUCUACUCAUCACAGGACCCAACGGAUGCGGCAAAUCGUCGCUGUUCAGAGUCUUAAGCGGUCUGUGGCCCGUGUACGCCGGCACGCUGAUAAGGCCUCCCAACUGUUGUAUGUUUUACAUACCCCAGAGGCCGUACAUGACAAUAGGUACGCUGAAAGAACAAGUGAUUUAUCCGGACACGCUGUUGGACAUGCAGGCCAAAGGCAUCACGGAACAGGACUUGGAGGCUUGUUUAGCCAGAGUUCAUCUGUACCAUUUAAUACAGCGGGAAGGAGGCUGGGACGCGACGGCCGACUGGAAAGACGUGUUGUCCGGCGGUGAAAAACAAAGAAUGGCUUUCGCCAGAAUAUUUUAUCACAAACCGUCGUUCGCGUUGCUAGACGAAUGCACCAGUGCAGUUAGUAUAGACGUGGAGAGCGACAUGUACCAGUCGGCCAAAGACUCUGGAAUCACGUUGCUUACCAUCACGCAUAGGCCUUCUCUGUGGAAAUUCCAUUCUCACAUAUUGCACUUUGAUGGCGAAGGUGGAUGGAAAUUGACGCCUCUCGGAGAUAAGGAAAAAGAUACUGGCGUCUUAGCGAUUGAAUCAUCAAAAGAAACAUUAGUAAAUGGUGUUGCUUUGUGAAACAAAAAAAAAAAAAAAUCAAAAGCAAUGAAACAUAUCUUGCCGACCU